AUGUCUUCCACUAUGAGUGUCACCAAUUUGCCAUUCCCAGUUGCGCCAAAACUUCCACCAAAGCUUCCUUCUAUUAUGAAUAAAGCUCCAUUACGUCCUCCAGUCAUUCCAAAGGCUGCACCACGAAUUGCUAACAAAUUGACUUCAAAUUCAAACCAUUCAGAAGUUUCAAAUAAGCAAACAACAGAAGAAACAGCUGCUAUAUCUUCUCCAGAGACUUCAACACACCCUAACUCUCAAGAACAAAUUCAAUUGUAA